AUGCUCAGAGUGAACCUCUUCUUCUGCGUCUGUGUUGCUGCUGCUGCUGUUGCUGCUGCUGCUGCUGCUGCUGCUGCUGCUGUAGGGGGCCCCGAGUGCAGUACCCUCGAGCUUUCUUAUCUUUGGCGUUGUUUUGGGGCUGCAUGCAAACUGUUGGGGGCCCCCCCCCCCACAAUAAAAACGGGGGGCCUCUAUGCCCUGCUGCAGCAGGCAGCAGAGAAAGGGUACUGCAGCGUCUCUGCUGCGCCUGCUGCUGCUGCUGCUGCUGCAGCAGAAGGGAUACUCGAUCAGAGGGGCCUCACCUGGGGGCCCACAAAGCUGACAGGCAGCAGCAGCAACAGCAGCAGCAGCAGCAGCAGCAGCAGUUGUGGUAGUAGUAACAGCAGCAGCGGGAACGAAGUUCGAAGCAGCAGCAGCGGCGAAAGCACCAACGUAUGUUGCAGCAGCAGCGGCAGCAGCAGCAGCAGUAGCAGCAGCAGCAGCAGCAGCAGCAUAGAAGGGCACCUAAGUUUCCUGUUGGGGGCCCCCGAGAAGGGGCCCCCUCUUCCUGUCUACCCCGGGGGCCCCUCUUUAUCUCAGCAGAAGGAGGAGAUAGAGGCCCUUCACAAAGCUGCUGCUACUCUUCACGAGGCAUCCUGGAGGCGGCUGCACAUGGGGCACUGGGAGUCUGUCCCUCUUUGGUGCCGCGAGGCCCAUGGUGCUGCCUGUCUCCUCCUCAGUCUCUGCUACGCUUCGAGUGCAGCAGCAGCAGUUGCAGCAGCAGAAGCAUCUGCUGCUGCAACUGCAGCAGCAGCAGAAGCAGCAGAAGCACCGGCAACACAUACAGCAGCAGCAGCAGCAACUGCAGCAGCAGAAGCAGCAGCACAGUGGGACUUUCUCGAGACAGCUGAAGAGGGAUUGCUUCUCGCCUUUCGCUACAUUGACUUGGGACUGAUCAUGGGGGGCCCCAAAAUCCGGGUGUAUGGACGGCUGACAGCAGCAGCUGCUGCUCUGGAUGUCUUUAGGGAGCGGUUGCUGCUGCUGCUGCAGCAGCAAGAGGAGCAGCAGCAAGAGGAGGAGGAGCAGCAAGAGCAGCAGCAGCAGGAGCAGCAGCAGCAGCAGCAAGAGCAGCAGCUGGAGACACGGCCUUCUGUGUCAGCUAGCAGCGAUGAGGGAGACAGCAGCAAAGGGGGGGCCCCCGGGGGGCCCCCUGUUGAAGAUAGAGACAGACCAAUGGUCCCCAUCCAGAGAAAACGGGCCCCAGUGGAGGAGAGAACAGCGAUAGGGUUUGAGGAUUUUCUUGUGAAUUACCUGCAGCAGCAAAAGCCCGUUCUGCUCCGAGGUAUAUAUCGUCGUUGCUUCUCUCCCCCCACAGCGUCUAGGGUUUAG